CGAACCCGUUCUAAGGCCACUCUACUCAUUGAACGAAAAAAUAUCAACAAAAACUUAUUUGUUUGUUUUAUAGGGCAGAAAAAAACACAACGAACGUGCAAUCACAUUUAAUAAACGUGGCAACAGAGCAAAGGAUUAACUUACAGGAUCAGAGCCGUGAGAGAUAACCGAAAAUAGAUUGUAAACAAACCGAUCGCUAGGAAUAGGAAUAGGAAUCGGAAAGAAGCGGUCUCGUCGUCAUUGACCUAGAAAACAGCCGCUGCCGCUGUCGCUGCCAUUGCCAAAAGUCGCGUCGCCGGCCACAGAACUUAACAACCAGUACUUCCCAGAUCGGGCACCGGACGCCGGACACGUGCAUCGCAUCGCCAGUAUGGCUAGCCGACAGAUGACCAACGACCACCUGCGCCUCUCCUGGCACGACACCCAGAUGAUGGCCACCCUCAGUCCGCAGAGCGUCAUGGACUACUUCUGUCGCAAAUCCAAUCCCUUUUACGAUCACAUAUGCAACAACGAGACCAUUCGGAUGCAGCGUUUGGGAGCGGAGCACCUACACAACAUGAUCGGCCUGGAGUACAUCUUGCUGCAUGUGGCCGAGCCCAUUCUGUAUGUUAUCCGCAAACAGCAUCGACACAAUCCCUCGGAGGCGACACCCAUUGCUGACUACUACAUCAUCGGCGGCACUGUCUACAAGGCCCCUGAUCUGGCAAACGUCAUCAAUGCUCGUAUACUCAAUACCGUUGUGAAUCUGCAGUCCGCUUUCGAGGAAGCCAGCAGCUAUGCCCGCUACCAUCCCAAUAAGGGUUACACCUGGGACUUUUCCACCAACAAAGUUUUGUCUGAGAAAUCCAAGGCGGACAAGAAGGACGCCAAUGCGGCAAAGGAGGAAAACAGUGGCACCCUGUUUCAGAAACAGCGUGUGGACAUGCUGCUUGCCGAACUGUUGCGCAAAUUUCCGCCACCAAUUCCGCCCAUGUUGCAGAACAUUCAGCAGUCGGCGAUAGCGGGAGAAGAUAUCAAUGCAGCCGCUGAACUGAACAACGCCACUGGACCUCUGGACAUCAAAACCGAAGGAGUGGACAUGAAGCCUCCGCCCGAGAAGAAGACCAAGUGAUUAUGUUAACGUGUAUUCAAACUGGGGGAAGAGAUUAAAGUACACUUAACUUAGACCUAGACUAAGGCUACACUCGAAA